AGUAGUCGCAGUCAUUUCUGUUGCUGCUGCUGCAGCAGGAAGUUUGAUUCCAGAACGUCAAACGUUUGUUUAGAUUCGAUUUCCGAGUAACAUACAAUAACAACAAUAACAUACCCAGGACAAUAUACGUGAUAAUAAUUUCACCCACGUCGAUCCUGUUUAUAGGCCCAACUGUCGGUCCGAAUGCGGCUGCUGUGAAGUGCCACAAAGGCCUCUUUCACUUGCGGGAAUGACAGAGAACUUCGAUCGGGCUCCCGGGGCGGGACGGAACCGGGCAAAGCCUAACAGCCCCGGAUUGGGAGAGCAGGCGAUCGGCCGGGUCCUUGUGCCUGGGGCCGGGGGAGCGAGUGGAGAUGCGCAACCCAAACAGUGUUUUUUUCAACAGGAGCCACUCAGACAGCCGAGAACGUCCCCUCCUCCAGUGGUAGAAAACAGUGCAAGUGCAGACGACAGAGGAGCAGCUGGAACCUCCCCUGGAGCACAUCAGAAGAACUCUUCACACAACAGUAACAGCACACCAAGGGUCAACCCCAAAGUGGCAGGUGCCCUUCUUGUGGAUUCAAGACUGUCAGCAACAGCACCAGAGUUCUACCCAGCAAAUUACAGCUCAUACACAGAUCCAUCUUUUGAAGAUGGGAGCGAUAGCCUUUACGUACAAUCUGAGCCCACUUUUUCGGAAUUUGUGCAAGGCUUCCUAAGCCACUUGAAUGAUUCCCCAGGAGCUUUUGAGUCUGACAUUGAGCACAUCACUGCGAUGCUGAAUGGGUGGGUCACUACAGACGAGAUGCUUCACGAACUUGUAGAACUAAUCUAUCAAAAGUCCACAUUGGUCCCGAACUUCUCCUACACAGGAGCACGACUGUGCAAUUACUUGUCUCAUCACUUAACUAUGAGUCCCCCAAGUGGCAAUUUUAGAAAGCUGCUGCUUCAGAGAUGUCAGACAGAAUUUGACAAGAGAGAACAGGCAGUGAAGGAGGAUGAAGCCACUCGGAAACGUUUUCAUUCUUUUGUGCUGUUCUUGGGGGAGCUGUACCUGAACUUGGAGAUAAAGGGAAACGGGCAGAUGAACAGAGCUGAAAUUCUUCUGACUGGUCUUCGGGACUUAAUGAAUGCACUUUUCUCUAACCCUGUUGAUGGUAAUCUUAUCUGUGCAGUGAAGCUACUAAAGUUAACUGGUUCUGUUUUGGAAGAUGCAUGGAAAGAAAAAGGAAGAUCGGAUAUGGAUGAGCUUAUUCAGAGAAUUGAAAAUAUUGUGCUUGAUGCAUCCUGCAGCAGGGAUGUGAAGCAGAUGUUGCUGAGGCUGGUGGAGCUGAGGUCCAGUAACUGGGGGCGAGUUCAGGCAGCAGCAGCCUGUAGCGAAGCCACUCCAGAAAACGAUCCCAACUAUUUUAUGAACGAGCCAACAUUUUACACAGCAGAUGGUGUACCUUUUACUGCAGCUGAUCCAGACUAUUCUGAAAAAUACCAGGAGAUGCUGGAUCGUGAGGAUUUGUUUCCAGAUUUCUAUGAGGAGAAUGGAACGCAUCCUUACAGCGGUGAUGCAUACUUGGAUGAUGAUGAUGAUGAUGAAAUGGACCCAGAAAUUGAAGAAGCUUUUGAAAAAUUCUGCUUGGAAUCAGAAAAGAAAAGAAAACAAUGAGCAAAAAGUAGACUAGCACAGAAGCCUUUUAUGUUUAUACUGCAGGAAUGUUAGCAGCUG